AUGGGGCGCCAAGUUGCCCGAGAGGAAGCCAUGGGCCUGUGGGCAGGGAUACUGCUGCUGGUGUUGCUGCUGGUGCUGGGAAGCCAGGGGAAGCCGGGUCCUAGGAAAACGGUGCUGCUAUCAUGUAACUGCUGGGUCCUGGAGGAAGGGGUGGGCCCUGUGGACCACGUGGGGAGGGUCACCUUCCUCUACCUGGACAUAACCCCAAUACGUGUACCAGAGGUCUGGGAGGGGCCCUGCGGCCACCGCGAUAUUCACUCCCUGGUGGUGGGCGGAGUAGAGACGGUGCGCGGGCGCUGGCCGUGGCAGGCCCUAGUGCAAGUGCCACAAGGCUACUUUUGCGGAGCAAGCCUGCUCAGCCGCCGCUGGGUGCUCUCGGCUGCCCACUGCUUCAUAAAGUACAAUAAUCCUUCCAAGUGGUGGGUACAGUUUGGUGAGCUGACUCUUAAGCCGUCCUUAUGGAACCCUCGCGUCUACCUCAAUCGAUAUAGGGUGCAGGAUAUCAUUGUGAACCCCAGCUUUCAUGACGGUCGCAAUGACAUUGCACUGCUGAGACUGGCCUCCUCUGUCACCUACAAUAAGUACAUCAAGCCCAUUUGUGUCCUGUCAUCCACCUCCAUGUUCCAGCACCGGAAAGACUGCUGGGUGACUGGCUGGGGGGUGCUCAACGAGAAUCAAACAUAUCUUCCUCCUCCAUACAACCUCCAGGAAGUUAAGGUCACCAUCUUAAAUAACACCAGGUGUAACUACCUGUUCAAACAACCUUCAGACCGCAGUGUAAUCCAAGAUUCUAUGAUUUGUGCUGGUGCUGAGGAUGGCAGUGUAGACACCUGCAAAGGUGACUCUGGUGGACCCUUGGUCUGUGACAAGGAUGGACUGUGGUAUCAGGUUGGAAUCGUGAGCUGGGGAAUGGGCUGUGGUCGGCCCAACCGGCCCGGUAUCUACACCAACAUCAGUGUGUACUUCGACUGGAUCCAGAAACUCACGUCUUACAGUACACCCAGACUGGAUCCUUCCAGGUUACUGCUGCUCCUCGCUCUGCUGUGGUCCCCCCAACUUCUACAACUGGUCUGA